AUGCUACCCAAGCUGGCACUGGGAGCGGCGCUGCUCGGAUGGGGGUCGCUGGCCGACAUUUGCCUCGAGAGGACGACGAGUCUCCCGCCAGGAUGGAUGAAGAUAAACGACACGGUCAAUGCGAGCGAGUGGUACUCGUUCUCAAUCGCUCUAAGGCAGCCAGAGGUGAAAGGGCUGCAGAAAUUCCUGACGUCGGUGCAAAAGGACGUGCUUUCUCUGGCCGACACCAAGCUGAUGCGCGCCCCAACUCCCAAGUCUGUCAGCGCGGUGCAGGCCUGGCUGCGCAGCCAUGGAAUCCAGAACAUCGACGCCAAAGGCGACUGGGUGAAUGUCCGCGCGACGGUCGGGCAGACUGACGCGCUCAUCGGCUCCCUCUUAGAGCACUACAUCUAUCACGGCGAGGAUAAGCCUGUCCUUCGCACCACGCAGUACUUUAUCCCCGACGCCCUGGAGGACGCCAUCGACUUCAUUCAUCCCGUCUCCAACUUUAUGCGGCCCGUCCGCUCCUUGUCCAAGAUCAAGUGGCUCAACGAGACUGACCUGACGAAGCGUGACCCGCCCUGCACCUCCGUCAUCACGCCCAAGUGCGUGCGCGAGGCGUACAACUUUUACUACAAGACGCCCGACGAUAGAUCGAGCGUCACCAUGGGUGUGGCUGGCUUCCUCGAGCAGUACGCCAACUACCAGGAUUCGGACCAGUUUCUGUCGGAACACGCGCCCGAGAUUGCUGCAAAGAAGUACAACUACACGGUCGAGCUCAUCAACGGCGGCGAGAACUCGCAGGAGCUGGACAAGUCAGGUGUUGAAGCUUCGCUGGACGUCGACUACGCGCUGAGCCUUGCGUACCCGGCCAAGCUCGUCUUUUACUCGACCGCAGGCCGGGGCGAGCUAAUCGGCGAGGAUGGCAAGGCCGACUCGAGCCCGGCGUCGAGCAAUGAGCCCUAUCUGGAAAUAUUUCAAUACUUUUUGGACAAACCCGACGGCGAAAUCCCGAGUGUGCUGUCCAUAUCCUACGCUGACGACGAGCUGUCAGUCCCGCGACCCUACGCCGAAAAGGUGUGCAGAAUGAUUGGCUUGCUCGCGGCGCGCGGCAUGACGGUGCUCGUGGCGUCGGGCGACGGCGGCGCGCGCGGCGGCCAGGACUCCAACUGCCGCACGCGCGACGGCUCCAACAAGAAGAUUGCUAUGGCGACGUUUCCGCCGACGUGCCCGUGGGUGCUUGCCGUCGGCGCCGUUUCCAACACUCAAGACCCGCCCAAGGCGGCAUCGUUCAGCACGGGAGGCUUCUCGCGGUACUUUGUGCAGCCGGCGUGGCAGCGCGAGGUGGUGGACGAGUACGUGCGGGCGCUUGGCGGCCGCCUCGAUGGCUACUACGAGCCGGACAAACGGGCCAUUCCCGACAUUUCGGCCGUGGGCACCAACGUGCUGGUGCUGACCGGCGGGAAGCCAGGUCUGGUGCAGGGCACAAGCGCCAGCGCACCCAUAGUGGCGGCAAUGCUGGCCUUGGUUAACGACGCGCGCGCGCGCGCCGGCAAGAAGCCUCUGGGCUGGGUCAACCCGCUACUGUACAGCGAGCGCGUGCGCGGGGUGCUGCGCGACGUGACGAAAGGGGAGAGCCGCUCAUGCAACUUUGACGGCGAGGAACCGGGUGGGUGGCCGACUAAGCCGGGCUGGGACGCCGUCACCGGGCUGGGCGUGCCAAAGGACUUUAACGAGCUGCUUGACGCGCUGGUGCACGCGGAUGAUUGA